AUGUUACGCGGUCCAACCGGGUCGCCGAGUAAGAUCAAUUGUUACGAUGUCAGAGAGGAAAAUGAGUUUGGUGAAAUGAGCAGCCAAUUGACAAACCUACUUGAAAUGAAAAAUUCACUUUGUAUAGUUAUUAUUCUAUUCGUUAUUUUAACUGUUGGUGCAUCUGAAGAUGAAGAGGAACAGUUUUAUGAAAUCGAUGAAUCUAAUCUUAUUUUAAAACAACUUAAUCCUCUUGAAUCUGACAAAAAACUAUGGCUCAAUCCAUCGGAUGAUGUGUUAAUUACGACAAGAACAAAAUUGUUUAACGCUAGAAGAGAUACUAUUAAUAUAGACUUUAGAGAAUUGCCGAAUGCUAUCGGACAUGUUGUUCGCUACACUCCAGAAUUGAGAAUAGCUGAUGCUCGAUACAUUACACCAGAUUUUGAAAAACAUAAAAUAGUGAACAAUAGUUUUGAAGAGUUACGAAAAUUGCCAGAUAAUUAUCCUACUAUCGUUUAUCCAGAAAUAAUGGUUGUUGUUGCAUUCGACUUAUACGAAAAAUUUAAGCUAAACCCGUGGAAAAUAAUUCCCUACUUACUUUCCUUUUGGAAUUCUGUUGACAUGCGAUACAGAUUUUUGGAAAAUCCAAGAUAUAGAUUGAACAUCAAACAAAUUGUUCUCGAAAGUGAACCCGGAAUUCUGAGUUACAUAAAAGGUCAUAUCAAUAGUACUAAUUAUCUUUCAUACAAUUGCUUGCAAGACUCAACUAAAUUUUGGUACGAUCAAAAAGACGUUAUUCCGUUAGAUAGUUAUGAUUUGGUCGUUACUAUGACUUAUCGCAAAAUUUGCGGUUUUUAUAAAGUAGAAGAGGAAAAAUGCACUCUUAUCGUUUAUGGUCAAGCGUUUCUAUCCAAUGCUUGCCAUAUAGAUCAUGAAAGAAAAAGCAUUAAAAAAGUAGCGAUAGUCAAUGAUAAUGGUGCAUAUUUUGGAGUAACAACUACUGCCCAUGAAAUCGGACAUUUACUAGGAGCUUAUGAUGAUGGAUAUAGUUUUAUUAACCACGAAACAAAUACAAAUGGUAUUAAAUUCAAGAGUUCUCCUAUAAAAAAUGAAUCAUCACAGUGUCUUCGAAAUAAGCCAGAUGGUUUUAAGUAUCCGAUUGCUAGAUUUUUACCUGGUAAAUUAAUGGAUGCUAAUCAGCAGUGUCAACGAAAUGGUGCUACUGGAAUUUGUGGUAAUGUAACAUCAAUUUGUACGAUGCUGCAAUGUCACUAUCCAGAAAAAGGCUGUGUUAAAUCAAAUGUGCCAAUUGCUGAUGGAACCCUGUGCGACCCAAAUGCCAUCAAUGAUAUUUGCCUCUACGGCCAAUGUGUUCCUCAUAAUUAUUUGAAUUAA